ACCCUAAAGAUUCAGUCUUGGGGACCUGGAAAACAUGGACAACCUUUGUACGGUCUGGAUGAAACUGAAAGGAAAUGCAAUAGAUAUGGGGGAGGCCACAAGAGCUAGAUUUGAGAAUAAGACACAGUUGAGGGAUUUCAGAGUAUAUUUGGAUGGAGAUUUGGAUGAGGAUUUGGAUGAGGAUGAGGUGAUUCAAGCUUUCAACCUGCCUUCCUCCAUAAAUGUCCACUUCUGCAAUGCCGACUUUGAGUUCAAGUAGCCGGUACAUAGAUAUGGCAGGUAAGCCUGCUACACUUUAAAUUAGAAUAAAAGUUGUAUGAUCAUCUUCUCUUUAUUUAUAUCACUCUGACCAUCCAUGCUGUGUAUGCUGCAGAUUCUUUUAUCUCAAGACAUGCUUGGUUUGGUAGUUAUAUUAUUCCCCAAGGUAAAUGAUUUAUAAUAUUAAUAAUUUUGGACAAACAUCUCCUUUUUUUGUAAUUGGAAAUUAUCAUUGCUGUAACCGGCUUGUAUAUAUAGACUUAAAAAGAAGAAAUUGUUUUGUAGAAAGCAUGAGAGAUGAUGGAAGUAUUGAUGUCCGAAGAGCUCCUAAGUAAGCUGGUUUUAUCCGUGAAGAGGAAAGUUGUCCUUGGUGACAAGCUGCUAGCUAGUUGGUCUGUACCUGAACUUUGCAAAUUGUGAGUGAUUCAUGUGAUUUUCUACUCUAUGCAACGUGUUAGGUUGUGUGAUAAUUUACUUCUAAUUAGAGUAAGUAGCUUUACACUUAUAGCUAUUGGAAUAUAAGCAUGUAUGCUAU